AUGUCCUGGCAAUAUAAGCUCGUCUCCAGCGUGCGGGCCUCUCCGCUACGCACUACCCGGCCGAAUGCCCUCCUACAUUGCCCGGCCGCACGUGGCGCUGCGGGGUGUCUCUCCGCUAGGUCAGAGACCAUCAUGACUCAGACUACCGUUUCAUAUGCCGCUAAGCGCACCAUCUCGGCUGUCCCGACUCGCAAACGCCUGAAUGUUGACAACAUCAACCAGUAUGUCAAGGAAGCCAAGUACGCCGUGCGCGGUGAAUUGGCCGUCAAGGCUGAGGACUACCGCCGGCGUCUGAUUGAUGGCGACAAGUCUCUGCCCUUCGAGAGCGUUAUUUUCGCCAAUAUCGGUAACCCCCAGCAGCUCGAUCAGAAGCCUAUCACUUUCUUCCGACAGGUCCUCAGUCUUGUCGAGAACCCCUUGCUGUUGAAAAAUCCCGAGGUUCUCAAGGAGUCGUUUGGAUACAAGCAGGAUGUGAUUGACAGAGCCCAGGCCCUUUUGGACAAUGUGCAGAGUGUUGGUGCCUACAGUCACAGCCAGGGUGCACCAGGCAUCCGUGACAGCGUCGCCAAGUUCAUUGAGAAACGUGACGGCUUCCCUGCCAACCCCCAGGACCUGUUCCUGACCGGAGGUGCCUCCUCCGGUGUUAGCACCAUCCUGAACGUUAUCUGCAGCGAUCCCAAUGUCGGUAUCCUAGUCCCCAUUCCCCAGUACCCUCUUUACACCGCCAGCUUGACACUGCUGAAUGCCCGCUGCGUCCCUUACCUUCUCGAGGAGGAGAAGGCAUGGGGUACUGACGUCAACGCCAUUCUCAAGUCCGUUGAGGACGCCAAGGCUACCGGCACCGAUGUGCGCGCCAUUGUCGUCAUCAACCCGGGCAACCCAACCGGUGCCUCUCUGAGCGCCGAGGACAUCAAGAAGGUCCUCGAUGUCGCCGCCGAGGAGAAAUUGGUGGUCAUCGCCGAUGAGGUGUACCAAACCAACAUCUUCAAGGGCGAGUUUGUCUCCUUCAAGAAGCGUCUUCGCCAGCUCCAGGAGGAGUUCCCCGGCACUUACGACGACGUCGAGCUGGUCUCGUUGCACAGUAUCUCCAAGGGUAUGGUGGGUGAAUGCGGUCACCGUGGUGGUUACUUCGAGCUCGCUGGCUUCGACCCCCUGGUCCAGGAGCAGAUCUACAAGCUCGUCAGCAUUGGCUUGUGCCCGCCGGUCGUCGCACAGUGUCUGCUCGAGUGCAUGGUCAACCCUCCCCAAGAGGGCGAGCCUAGCUACGCGCUCUACCAGAAGGAGUACAACUCCAUCGCAGAAGGCCUGCGCAAGCGUGCCUUUUCCUUGUUCAACGCCUUCCAGCGCAUGGAGGGUGUCGAGCUCCAGGAGCCCCAGGGUUCCAUGUACCUCUUCCCCACUAUCAACCUCCCCGCCAAGGCCAUCGAGGCCGCCACUGCCGAGGGCCGCCCCGCUGAUGAGUACUACUGCUUGGCUCUACUGGACGCCACCGGUGUCUGCGUCGUCCCCGGCUCCGGCUUCGGUCAGAAGGAGAACACUCUCCACUUCCGCACAACCUUCCUUGCCCCUGGCACCGACUGGGUUGAGCGCAUCGUCAAGUUCCACUCCGAGUUCUUGGAAAAGUACCGCUGA